CUCGGACAAUAUUUCAUUUUUAAAAUACCUUUUAAUUCCAAUAGUUUUUAUUCACCUACAUCAUAAAAGGAGACAUGGGUAUAAAAUAUCCGUGAGAACUCUUAAUACCAUCCACAUGCAACCAAACAUAACAAACAAUCUCGCAAACCCAUAAAUCUAUACUAUCGAUUCAUUUUCAUACGUAAUCAUUUUUAUUCAUAUAGUUAUUUCAUUUUAUUUUAUUCGUUUCUACACAUUUUUAAUUAUCUUUCCGAAGUUUUCCUACUAUUCUUAAAUUAUUAUAGAAUUUUUUAAAUUUGUAUCAAAUUAAUGAUAAAAUUAUUAAAAAGGUGGAAUAUCUAGUGUUUGUAAACAUGUUAAUUUUGUGUAUUAUUUGAAAGAAGAUUCGUGAUACAUAAUGCUAUUUCCCACAAUUAUACGUAAUUAAGUUUAAACAUUUUAUUGAUUGGCAAUAUUAUAUUAUUAAAAAUAUAUCCAAAGAAAAUAAUAUAUGAUAAAUAUGAUUAUAUAUAAUACUCACUACAAAGUUAAAAGUUGAUGUUAUUGAUUUUUUUUUAAAGACUGAUGUUUUAAACUUUAAAUAUAAAUGGUUUAAUAUUUAGUAAAAAAGAAAUAAUAAAUAAUAACUAAGAAAAUAUUUAUUAUUUCUUAUUAUUCAUAAACAUCCUUCAAUGCCAAUGAUAAUACUGCAUCUACAAAACCUAUCAAAUUUAACUGUAUCGUUCCAUAUUUAUGUCUCUUCAACAAUCACAGAUUCACUUAUACAUAUGUCUCCCUUUCAUAGAAAGAAAAUUUUUCAAAAUUAAAUGAACUUUAUAAGUCCCUGGUACGAGAACAGUCUAUAUAUAUAAAAACACAAAGGGCUAAGCCAAAACCAUCAUCAUCCUAUGUAUAAGUAUUAACGAUGGCUCGAUCAUCAGCUAAGGCUGCGAUAACUACAAUACUAACAGUUAUUUCGUUCUUUCUCCCUGGCGGUUUGACCCAUUAUAGAAGUCCUACCACCUAUAUUGUCGGAAAUGAAUUUGGGUGGGACCUGAGUAUUCCUGCAGAUACUUGGGCAAGCAACAAAACUUUUUACGCUGGGGAUAUUCUCGUAUUCCGGUACGACUAUCAAUUAGACAACAUGUUGGUUGUAAACCAAACCGGUUACGAAACGUGCAUACCGAACGAGGGAUACAUUGAGUAUAAUACCGGUGAGGAUACGAUCCAACUUGCUUACGGUGGAAACUAUUUCAUCGGAACAGCUACUCCUGGUGACUGUUGGGGUGGUAUGAAGUUGGCAAUCAACGCUUUGGCCUCAGAUAAUAAGGACGAAUCACUCAAAUCUUCUUACCAAUCCCUCUAAAUCAUAUUCUAAUGAACGAACUAUACAGCUUUUUAUUAUCACUUGUAGUAUUGUCCUGUGAUAGCUUUUGUAUUUUGCUAAAAUGAUCCAUGAGGUCUCUUUGUACAUAUUUGCCUCUGAUGCCAUUGAACUUGGCAAGAAAUGAAUGCUUGAUAAUAUCUAUCAUCAUCUCACAGAAGAAGACCGUAGUAGCAUUCUGCAGACUCCAAGUAAAAUUACUUAUAAGCUUUAGUCCAACUGAACGAGGAUUAAGAAACCUGGAAAGAGGCUUGUAUGUAUAACUAUGAUUACCACUGAACUAGGUACACUUAUGCAGAUGAAGUUUCCAUUUCGAGAUCUUGGCGAUGUGUAAGGAGUACGAUCUCUUCGGGAUCGACGCCGUCGACGAGGAGAUCGAGUUCGUCAACGAGAUCGGGGAGAGGUUGAGAUCCGAGGCGAUGAAGCUCGCGGUGGGGCAGAAUCUGUUCCCAGUGGAGCAACUGGGUGCACCGUACAGAGCUCUUAGAGCAUUUAGGCCGUUGAUUUUCUUGGAAACAUCUGAAAUGGGAUCGUCUCCUCUCAUCCAGGAUCUACCGCCGAGCAUCGUCCUGCAUCAUCUCUACACGAGAGGCCCGGACGAGCUUGAGUCACCGAUGCAGAAGAACAGACUGAGUCCGAAGCAGUAUUCACUGUGGCUUGAUAGCCAAAAAGAGGAUCAGAUCUGGAAAGGAGUUAAAGCGACAUUGGAUGAUUAUGCUUCAAAUUGGAUCAUCUUUAGACACAAGAUAACGUAUAAGCUCUAUACGUUCUCUUCUCUGGCAAGUCAAAUGAAUAAAUAUUUUUAUCAUUCUUUUGUCUCAAGGAGUUUUCUUCAGUUAAAGUGACAGUAUCUCACAUACAUGUCAUGUAAAUCAAGAUUCAUAGUCACACAUCAUAACAUGGUUGGUGUCUUAAAUA